AUGACCGCGCUUCCCAUUUCUGCAUCGAUGUCUACUGUAACAUCCGAAGCUUUCUCCUCCUCCACCCGCACUCCCCCCAUCGACAUCAUGCAGUCUCCGUUUAGCUAUGCCGACUCAGCCUACUCCUCCUCCCCAGGUGGCAUGGACUUCUUCUUCUAUGGCCCUCCCCAGCCAAUCUAUGAGACCAAUAUGUGUGACUUCGAUGCCUCAGCGAGUCCAUUUGCUGUGUCCGAGAUGGUCCCUGAAGCCGCAUACUCCUUCACCAGCUCACCCUACAUGUACUCCUCCAUGAAUGAUGUCUCGCCGCCCGUCUAUGAUCCUACCACCAUGGCAACCAGUGUGCCCAGCUCGGCCAGCAGUAGCUGCGGCAGUACCUGUGGGAAUAACACCUGGAACGUGCCCGAAGAAGUCACCAUGCCCUCUUACCCCAUCGGCCCAUCCUGCGAUGACUCCUGUCCCGACUCUCCUUCCACCCAGUCCAAACCAACCAAGCCCUUCGGUUGCGAUAAUUGCGGCAAGUCGUUCACUCGCUUCGCGGACCUGAAGCGACACCAGACCAGUGUCCACUACCCGGUCUUUCGCAAUUGCCCCGUGGAACACUGCUCCCGCAAGGGCAGCAAUGGGUUUCCCCGGCAGGACCACCUUGUCGAGCACCUGCGUUCCUAUCACCACUUGGAUGUGCCGAAGCGACGGGCGUUGAAGCGCUCUGCCAAAGACGCAACACUCUAG